UCCCAAGUACUUAAGUCUCAGCUCACAAACUAUGUACGAGUCUUCGUCAAUCCAGACAGGAGACGGCAUUGCAAGCCGGCCAGCAUUUGGCGGGUACGGAUUGCCUCAGGAAGCGCACGAACGUUUCUACGAUGAGAAAGGUUUUCAGAGAAACGAAGCGAUCCAAUUGUUCGUACUAGUGAGCGCUCGGGCCGUCGUUGGUCCAUCCAUGUUCUAUUGCGUGACCCCACGCUUCUUUCGAGGAGUGAGGGAGUGAUACAAAAUUUGGAACGAUCACAGAAACAGAGAGACGUUAGACUCGGAGAGUGAGCUCGUCAGUGAUGGUGAUGAUGUUGGUGGUGUUGUGAGUGUGUUCAAGAUACCAGAGAUAACACCAUGCAUUCUAGAGCUAACUCAAACUGUUACGUCGCUUGUCAAACGGAUGACAAUUUGUCGUUGAUUGAAAUAUGAUGUUUGUAAGAGUGACUCAAUAUCGGUCGUUUCGAAACCGAAAAUCCUGAUCAAUCGGAACGAGAAAAAAAGGCUGCGGUUCUUCGCCGAUUCAUCACUUCGCCAUAACAAGAGCGCUUUUUGUCAAGAUCAUCAGAGCUUCCAAGAUAUCACAAGGAAUGCGUGACUGAACUGAAAAAGCCACUCGGGGUCCAGUGAAGACAGAAACUAGCCAACCAGUCAAUUAACGGCAUUCUUCUCGUUCAAGAUGGGUAAACUUGAACAUAACACUACGGACGAACUCCAGCUUAAGCUCUCUAGCUGUCCCACCCCCCACGACGAUGAGGACGAGGAUGAUGGCCCUUCGACCUUUACCACCUUUGAGCUCCGACUAUUUCCAUCGUCCUAUUAUUCGCUGGUUCUCACCACGGACAACGAGAACUUGGCUACUCUACAAGAAAAUCAGGCUCAAGUCAAAGCGGGAAGAUUCGACCAAUCCAAAGUCAUUGGAGAUUACGCCCUGAACGAAACAUUGGUGGUGAUUGAAGACCAAUCGGAUAUGACCAUGGAUCUUCCCCAAGGGACCAUGGAUUCUGAAGAUCUACCAACCCCGAGUUCAAUGCAAAAUAGUGCUGAAAACGCCGGUCAACCGCAUGUGGCGGUAUCUCCUUUGCACGAAGUUGUCGUCUUGACAGACCCUGAAGUCGAUCUGGGGGCGGAAGUUGUCUGUGGAGAACAACCUACCGAUGGGGUGGAACCUGAAUGGUCAGGAUUGACGGAUAGGGUCUCGUACGAGGAGAUCAUCCAUUCUGAACUUGAGGAUUCUCCCAGCAUUUUGGUAGAUGACUCCUUGGAGUCUUGCUUGAGCCUUUUGACCCAAUGGGCCCUUUCUCUACACGACAUUCUAGAUGAGCGCUUGGAGAGCAAUCUGAGGCCUGAAAGUACAAACUGCGUCUGCCCCAAGGCUAAGGCGUUGAUCGCAGACUUGAGAGCCUUAGAGGAGCAUUUCUUGGAUACCCUGAGUUUGCAUGAUCGUAUCUCAGACGUACAUUACCAUUUGGUGAAGGCCAGAAUUACCGAACUGAAGCAGUUAUUGAUGAGGAUGCAUGAGUCCUUGCGAGUUCACAUCUCCAUCCAGAUCUCCAUUCCGAAACGAGACUUUGUGGAUAGAGCCAAUUUCCUGGUGCAAAGUGUUAGUGAUAGCAGACGGUACUUGAAUGAUGCCUUUGAAUCUAUAAUCGAUCUCAUCAAACGCUUACUUCUCGUGGAUUCGUGCUUGCAAGUCAAUGGAACCUGCCUGGAAAGGCAGUCGAUCAAGGACGACAAUAUGGACGAGGAUGACUCUCCUUUACAGGAUCGGGUGGAGAAUUUCCUGAAUGAUGGACGGUUGUCUUUAGAAUUUUUGGAAGACGAGAUUCCAAGUAAUUCAGAUUCGAUCGAUUGUGCGCACAUGGAAUGUGACGACACCGAAGAGGAAGAGGGAGACGAGGAGGAAGAAGAAGAAGAAGACAAAGAGAACCAGCCCUCUCGUAAACGAAAGACUGAGAAAGGUCCAACCAAAGAGCCUCAGAUCUCUCCCACCUCGUCACCCCGGAAGAAGCCGCGAGGAGCAAAGCUUUUCAUGUCUUUGCCUGUCUCUCCGACUGAAGAUUCGACAAAGAACGCUAAUCUGGCGGGUAUUGUCUUACUUGAGAAAUCUCGCAAAGGUCCUCGAAAAGAUGGCCUAUAUCAGUUUGUGUUGUGGAGAGAAGCUCUAAAAGCGGCCAAAAGAAGCCUCACUAGAUCCUGUGCUACACCAUCAAUUCGACCUUGCUUGUCUCCUCCACAGUCUCCUCCUCCGUCAGCGAGGCGUCGAAUCUUGGGUUGAUUGAGAAGUUGAAACGAAUGGUGGUUCCAUCCAUUGUUGUUAAACUGUGAUUUUUGUUUUUGUUACCUGAUUCUCAAUCUCGUGUUGAAGCCUGAGCGAGUGUUUUGCUUCGUAAUUCAUGUCCUUUUGUAUCUAAUGUACCAAUUCCCGUGUCGAAAGCACCUUGUUCAACAGAAUAUUCACCCAGAACUGCAACUACCUUCAAAGUCAAUGCGAAGACAGCUACGAUCUACGAAAUCUAAGGCUGUUGAGAAAUACAUAUUUUAAAUCUA